UCUUCUCUUUGAUCUACAAUAGAGAAGUUAAAGAUCAACAAAAAUGGCAGUCUCCUUCCAUGUUCGAUCUAACAGUUUUCCCUCUAGACUUCACCCACAAGCUGCUCAUGUUGAUGAGCAGUUGGCUCGACUAAGAUCUUGUGAUGAAGCCUCAACAUCUUCCAGCUCUUCUAUCUGCCAGAAACUUGACAACCUUCAGGAUCUACACGAGUCUCUUGACAAGCUUAUUCGUCUACCUGUUACACAACAUGCUCUAAGCCAGGAGCAGAACAAGAAAGCCGUUGAGCAGCUUCUUGAUGGAUCUCUCAGGAUCUUGGAUAUGUGCAACGUUUCCAAGGAUGCUUUGUCUCAGAUGAAAGAGGGUCUCAUGGAGAUCCAAUCGAUUCUUCGAAGAAAGCGCGGAGAUUUAUCUGGAGAGAUUAAGAAAUACUUAGCCUCAAGAAGAUGCCUCAAGAAGUCAUUCCAAAAGGUCCUCAAGAGUUUGAAGGUCAAGCAAGACCAAGAAUGUAACGACGACUCUUUGGCAGUUUUUGGAGAAGCUGAAGCUAUUACAAUGAACCUUUUUGAUUCUCUCUUCUCCUUCAUGUCUGGAUCAAAGGCUUGUGGAAAAUGGUCAUUGGUCUCAAAGCUAAUAAACCAGAAGAAGGUCUCAUGUGAAGCAAAAGCAAACGAAUUCGCAAAGGUGGACUCCGAAUUCCAAUCAGAAAAGACCUUGAAGAUGGAAGAUGUUCAGAUCCUAGAGUCAUGCAUUCAAGAUCUUGAAGAUGGACUUGAAUCUCUCUCUAAGUCUUUGAUUAAAUACAGAGUCUCAAUCCUUAACAUCUUAGGCCAUUAAUGGCUAUAAAUUUUGUACACAUACUGAAGAAAAUUUAAUAAAAACUAAUUCAA